GCCAUUUUGGCUCAAUUGCUGCGGUCUUCCCCCCGCCUGGCGGCGCGCGUCCAGCCAUAGGGGGUCUCGAGUGCGGAACUCGCGAUCAUCGUCGAGGGCGUCAUGCGGGGCGCUGCAGGCGGUGGCCAACGUGCAGCGGUGGCUGCGGCGGCGGCGGCGUGUGUCCGCGUGGCGGCGGAAGUGCUGCAGGGUAUCGCGGAGCCGUCCGACGUGCAGGUCGAGACGAAGGAAAGGAUGAAGGCAAUCGAGCCCGUCAUCCAGAAGCACGUCCAGGCAGGCGGGCGCGGGGUUCGCGCCAGUAUCCCUGGAAGCGGCAGGAAGUUGCGCAACCAGGCCUCCCACCAUCGCUUUGGUGCUGGGCCUGGCGCAUGGCGCGAGGCGUUCCCCCCGACCGAGCAGGACAAUGCGGACAAGUGCAAGGAGGUGCUGGGUAGCGACUCCCAGGAGAAGAUCGAGGACACGCAGGUCUUCGAGGAGAAGGAGGUCGCGGCGAUCAUGAGGCCGCCGAUUACCAAGCACGUCGAGAGGUUCGCUCACGGUCCGAAGGUGGAGGCGGACGUGUCGUCGACGCACCUCGUCGAGAAGGACCUCCUGGUGCCGAAGAAGGCCGAGGAGAAGGUGGAGGUGCCGAUGCUGGCGCACGUCGAGAAGGACACCGACGUGCAGAAGGCGGAGCACUCGGACCCCUCGGCCGACAAGGUGUGCGACGACUUGGUGAUGAACGUCGCAGGUCUCGGGAACAGCGAGGAGGUGCCGAAGUUCUUGCUGGGCCUCCCGCUGCGGGCGCAGGAGAUAGCCAUGGAGGCCAUGAAGGACGCCGAGGCCAGGCACCGCGCAAGGAUCGGCGACGGCUGGUCAGGUCGCGGCGCUCGUCGGCCAGGUCGGGGUCCUGUUCUCGGGAGCUCAGGCAGGUCGGUUUCGUCUUCGACGGCCGCGGGGUGAUGGUCUGAGCUCGCGCGUUCGGGGCGCGGAGGCUCGUGUUCCUCCUGCGCCCCGCGAGUUGCGGAGGCUCGUGUUCCUCCUGCACCUCGGCUCGGUGCGGAGGCUCGUGUUCCUCCUGCGCCGGGCGUGCUUCCCUGGCGGCGCGGAGGCUCGUGUUCCUCCUG